UGGAAGGCGAGCAUUGCAUUCUGGCCCUGUGUCAACACAGAGUGUGAAGCCCACCGUCCCUAAUCUGAUCUCCUUCUUCCAAGUUCGUUACCUUCUUCCUUUGAACCACCCGCUGUGAUUUACCAUGCACGCCAUCUGGAUACAACUCUUCCCCUUUCUCCUUGCCCCGCAUCUAACCGCGGCCAGAUACUACGGGUUCCCGACCCGCAGCAAUACGUUGGCGCCGCAGGACUACCCGCAGACUAUCUGCGCGGGGUUGCAGGGCAACUGUUGGGUUGAGGUUUGUCUAGUCGGUACUACUGGUCUGGCUGGUUCCGAUGGUCGUUGUGGCCAUGUACAUAUGUAUCCGCAUACAUAGAGAGCUCAGGGUGCACUAGAACCG